AUGCGUACAACUUCUCCUUUCAUUGCAGCUUGUGCUGCCAUUGGUGCAGUACAGGCCGCUCCUUUUUCCAACAGCAGCUCACAAAGCGUCAACCUCCACUGGAUAGGCCCGACGCCAGCCUACAGCUCAGGAACUACAUUUGGUCUACCCUGGAGCAAAGGGCAAUUCUAUCCCAACAGCACGACCUUCGGACUGAGCAGUGGCGGCGGCCUACAGUCAUGGGGCACGGCUUACUGGGCGGAUGGAUCGUACAAAUGGACUGCACAUGCCAUUCCUGAGGCCGAUGAAGUCCUCGAGGAGUACACAGUCACAGCUUCGACAGGAGCUUCGGCAUCGAGCUCGUCUGGUAUCAGCGUGGACGACUCGGGCGGAGAGAUCACAAUCGACACGGGCAAAGUCACAGCCACUUUCCCUACGUUAGGCAACGUAGUGCUUCGCGAGAUUCGAACGGCCGCUGGAAAGACUGUGGGUCAGAACGGCAAGUUGGUGCUUCACUCGCAAUCCGGUGUCGACAACGACGUAGCGGACAGAGGCAACACUUCGAUCCAGUACUUCGACUUCGAGAGCGCUAUCGACAACGUGACUGUCAGCAAGGACAACUCGGCAAGAGCUCUCGUGACCGUUCGAGGAAAACACCAUACUAAUGGUGAUCAUAUCGACUGGCUUCCAUUCAUCCUUCGAUUCUAUUUGUACGCAAAUUCGGAUGCCAUUAGGACAGUCCACACUCUAGUCUACGAUGGCAAUUCUACCACCGACUUCAUUGGUGGCAUUGGUGUCCGUUUCGAGGUCCCCCUGGCAGAUGAGGAAUUCUAUAAUCGGCACGUGAGGCUCGCGGGUGUUGACGGUGGUCUACUCAGUGAGGCUGUUCAGGGUCUUACAGGCCUGCGCCGCGACCCUGGUGCAGUCGUUCGCACUGCUCAAUUUGAAGGAGAGGCAACACCCAGCGAGGACACUUGGGACACACGUGUUUCGAGCAGAUUGCAUUGGAUACCAACAUGGUCAGACUACAGCUUGACGCAGCUGUCUCCCGAUGGCUUCAACCUCAAGAAGCGAACCAAGGCUGGACAGAGCUGGGUCAAGAUUCCAGGGAACACAAGAGCAGAUGGUCUGGCUUACCUUGGCGGUGCUACUCAGGGAGGUCUUGCUGUAGGUUUGCGUGACUUCUGGAAACAUUAUCCCACUGGUCUUGACAUCCGAAAUGCGGCUACAGACACAGGCGAGAUCACAGUCUGGAUCUAUAGCCCUGACGCAGGGCCACAAGAUCUCCGACCCUACCAUGACGGUCUGGGCCAGGAAAACUAUGAAGAUCAGCUGGACGCGCUUGAGAUCACUUAUGAGGAUUGGGAACCUGGCUUUGACACACCUUACGGCAUUGCAAAGACGCACGAACUUUUCAUUUAUGCCUUUGACGAGACACCAACGCGCGACAGGCUCUCCACCUUGACGGAGCAUACAAACAAUCCUCCCGUUCUAUACGCAGAACCUGCUUACAUCGCUGAGACAAAGGCGUUGGGCAACUACUGGGCACCACCAAGCAGCAACGCUAGCGAAGCUGCCCUCCUCAUUGAAAUCCACCUUGACUUCCUGGCCAAGUUCUACCAAGAUCAAGUCGAGCAACGCAGGUGGUAUGGCAUUCUCGACUUCGGCGACUUCAUGCACACCUACGACCCCGACCGACACCAAUGGCGAUACGAUGUCGGUGGCUACGCAUGGGAUAACUCCGAGCUCUCUCCCGACCUCUUCUUCUGGAACUACUUUCUCCGCACUGGUCGUGAAGACCUUUACCGCUUCUCGGAGCACCAGGUUCGGCACAACUCCGAGGUAGACGUCUACCAUAUUGGCGCAUGGAAAGGUCUCGGCACCCGCCAUGGAGUCCAGCACUGGAGUGAUAGUGCCAAGCAAGCACGCAUCUCCACCGCACAGUACCGCAAGAUCUUCUACUUUGUCUCUGGUGGUGAUGAGCGAGUCGGCGAACUCGUUGAGGAAACUCUCGACACGGACCUGACAUACGCCGUUCUCGACCCCGUCCGCAAAGUCCGCGAAGAUGGCUGGACUCCCUCACCAGGUCAAGACGUCACAAUCGGUCUCGGCACCGACUGGAGUGGUCUCGCUGCAUCCUGGCUUAUCGAAUGGGAACGCCGCGGUCCUCGCUGGGAAGAGGCAAAAACCAAACUCACAAACACUAUCAUCGGUAUUGCAAAUCUUACAAACGGGUUCGUGACUGGUUCUGGCCUAUACAACCCCAAUGAUGGUACUCUGAGCCCUCCACCCACAGAUCCCAACAACACGGGCAUUGUAGCAGUCUCUCAUCUUUCUGGUGUCUUCGGUCUGAUGGAAGUCGUCGCCGAACUCAUCGAGCACUAUGGCGAUGAUCUCCCUGAUGGCUUUGAGCAAGCCUGGCUUGAUUAUUGCUAUUACUACCGCGCCCCCAGAGCUGAGCAGACUGCCCGCUACGGCGACUCCUGGAACUUAAUUUUGAGGCAAGGUCAUUCCAGACUGCUGGCUUACGCUUACUCUCGCACUGGCAAUGCAUCACUGGCAGAAAGAGCCGUUAGUGAGUUCAGGGCUGAUGGCUUCAAUGAGACGAAUGUGCCGUGGACAACUGAGAGGUUGAAUGGAAGCGAGGUGUUGGCGCCGGUCGAUGAGGCCGCUUGGAUUAGCACGAACGAUGCGGCGAACUUCGGGUUGGCUGCGAUUGUGAAUUUGGCGCUGAUUCCUGAGUUCUUGUAG